AUGUCUUAUUUGUACUGUCACAUUUGUAAAAAGAGUAUCAAGGGGUACAAGUACCAGCAGCACAUGCAGGAGCACGAGGCCACCAUGACCCUCAGAUGCACGUAUUGCUCAUAUGAGACAGAGGGGAGGUCGGAGAUGACCAGGCAUUUUGGGAGGAUGCACAAUAGUAGAAAACAAGAGGCAAAGUAUAUAAACUACACUGCAGCGACGACGGGACAUCUGAGGAAGCGUGAAGGAGAGAGAAGGGACAAGUGGGAGGAAGAAAAGAAGACAGAAAGGGAGAGCAAGGAAAGGAAGGAAGAUAAAGAUGACAGGAAGGAAAGAAAGCGUGAAGGAAUGGACAGGAAGGAAAAGAAGAAAGAUGAGAUGUCUUAUUUGUACUGUCACAUUUGUAAAAAGAGUAUCAAGGGGUACAAGUACCAGCAACACAUGCAGGAGCACGAGGCCACCAUGACCCUCAGAUGCACGUAUUGCUCAUAUGAGACAGAGGGGAGGUCGGAGAUGACCAGGCAUUUCGGGAGAAUGCACAAUAGUAGAAAACAAGAGGCGAAGUAUAUAAACUACACUGCGGCGACGACGGGACAUCUGAGGAAGCGUGAAGGAGAGAGAAGGGACAAGUGGGAGGAAGAAAAGAAGACAGAAAGGGAGAGCAAGGAAAGGAAGGAAGAUAAAGAUGACAGGAAGGAAAGAAAGCAUGAAGGAGAGGACAGGAAGGAAAGAAAGCAUGGAGAGGACAGGAAGGAAAAGAAGAAAGAGAUGCCUUAUUUGUACUGUCACAUUUGUAAAAAGAGUAUCAAGGGGUACAAGUACCAGCAGCACAUGCAGGAGCACGAGGCCACCAUGACCCUCGGAUGCACGUAUUGCUCAUAUGAGACAGAGGGGAGGUCGGAGAUGACCAGGCAUUUUGGGAGGAUGCACAAUAGUAGGAAACAAGAGGCGAAGUAUAUAAACUACACUGCAGCGACGACGGGACAUCUGAGGAAGCGUGAAGGAGAGAGAAGGGACAAGUGGGAGGAAGAAAAGAAGACAGAAAGGGAGAGCAAGGAAAGGAAGGAAGAUAAAGAUGACAGGAAGGAAAGAAAGCAUGAAGGAGAGGAGGACAGGAAGGAAAAGAAGAAAGAUGAGGUACAGGAGGACAGGAAGAAAGAGAGAAACGGAUUAUUCCGAGCAACUUCGAGAUAG